CCUGCUCUAGUCCCGAGGAGAUGGCGGCCGCUGUGCGUAGCCGGUGGUUCCGGUGCUGCUCCGCCCUGCUCAGACAACGUUUUCCUGUUCUGGCUAAUGCUAGGAGACGCUAUUUCUCAGGACUGAGUGGCCCAUGGAACAAAAUGGUGGGAGUGGGUUUUGGAGUAGCUCUGUGUGCAGUCCCUAUUGUACAGAAACAUGAGCCCACUUCUCUCAGUCAUGAAGCCUUGAUUAGAAGGGCAAUUUCUCUGGUAACAGACAGUACUUGUACUCUUCUCUCUCAAACAACAUAUGCAUUAAUUGAAGCAUUAACAGACUAUACAAAGGCAGUUUACACACUGGUGUCUCUCUACCGGCAAUAUACAAAUCUUCUUGGGAAAAUGAAUUCCAAAGAGGAGGAUGCAGUAUGGCAGGUGAUCAUAGGAGCAAGAGUUGAGAUGACUACAAAGCAGCAAGAAUUCCUGAAGUUAGAAUCCAGUUGGAUGACUGCUUUACAUCUUUCAGAGAUGGCAGCAGAAGCUGCAUAUCAAUCAGGUGCAGAUCAAGCUUCAGUGACAGCUCGCAACCAUAUUCAGCUGGUGAAAACACAGGUGCAAGAGGUACGACAGCUGUCACAGAAAGCAGAGACCAAAUUAGCUGAAGCUCAGACAGAAGAGCUCAUUAACACCAAAGUUGAGGAAUCAUCACAGCCAUGCAGCAUCCCAAAAACCACAGAGGAAGUCGAAGAGUCUUAUCUUCGCGAAGACUGAAAAAAACCCUUCUAAAUAUCAUCUUUGGAGUAUUUGAUAGCAUACCACUAAUUCCAGGGCCCUGAGUUUCCCACAUCGUUAAGAAAAUAGAUGUUGGAUAAGGAAAAGGCAUUGAAGACAGGCAUGCUAUCUGUUGAUAAUUGGUGGCAGUGGGCAAUAAUUCUCUCCCCCACAGAUUUGCUAUACCUUAGCCACCAGCCAGAUUCAGGUGUUUGAAACUGAUUUAUUUUUUAAAUUACCAUUAUUAUAAUAUGCAUUGUUAGUAAAUUUUUAUUUAAGUGUACAACUAUGCAAAUGUGAAGUUAGCUGUUAAAGAUACAUUGUUGAUGAGUGUUUGGAUCUGCUGCCAUGAGGGUCUAAUUCAGAUGAUUUAAUACUAAACCCUUGGAAAUUCCCAAUGUCUAAAACUAAUUGUAGAUUGCAACCAAAGAGGGACAUUUAAAAAUAAUUAUUUCUAGUCUAUGAAGCAAGUUAAUCUUAGUGGGUAUUAUAUCUCCAGUCGAACAACAGAAUUACAUUUCAUUGUCAGAAAGUCAGUUUGGUUAACAAUGUUGAUUUUUUAGUGCUGUUUUCUAAUUAUUUUGACUGUGACAAUUCAUAAUGGGUAUCUCAUUGUUUAAUAAAACACAAACUACUGUA